CUGUUUGUCGCUCCAGUUUGGAGCGUCCCGUCUGACAAGACAACCACGUUCGGUAAACGUGCUUGCUUUUCGAGCGACGGAGCAAACACGCCCACUUAUCUUCCCGCUACGGUCACCACAGCAAGAGAGUAUUGCGUCGAUAUGGUGGACACAUCAGGAAAGGUGACUUUGAACAUUCUGGUAGUGCUGGUUACUUUCGGGAUGGCGAAAGAGCUGGCGAGGGGUGACCACCGCUACAAGUCUCUGUCCAGGAGCAAGAGAUACGUCGUGUUCCCGGAGGGCAGCACUUUCGUGAUGGGCAUAUGCAGCACGUUCUCGACCAUCAUCUACCCGCCGAACAGCAUCUGGACGCAGAGCCUGGACAUGUACCUGGGCUACGACCUGCCCAACGAGACGUACCACGAGCAGCCGGGGCUCGGCGCGCUGUCCCCGGGGGCGGGCCGCCGCCGCAGCCGCAGGGAGCUCUACCACGGCGUCGAGGUCGUCAUGGACAACUACGGACUUAACGGCCGCGCAUGCGUACUGCGCACCAUCUGCGAGUCUGCGCAGAGGCUGGUGCCAAGGAGCUCCAUGCUGGUGGAGAUGCUGCGAUCCAUGUUCACACUGCCGCUGGAGAACGUGGGCUCGGACGAGCCGCACGACCACGUGGUGUACGACUCCGCUCACCGCAGCGGCCUGGCCCGCGGCAGCUGCCGGGACUUGUACCCCGACUGUCCCGCGAGUCUGCUGGACUGGCUGAUGCCCGCGGCCUGCCCCGGGGAAGCCUUGUGAUGCUGCGUGCGAGCGCGGGACGGCAGUGCCUUCACCCAGCUCCCGCGAGCGUCCCAGAGUCACUCGCGGGAGAAGGAACCAGUUACUUACUAUACAAAAUAUUUUGUGUUGUGACAAUACUCUCUGAAUUUAUUUUUUAAUUUACUCUCGGUAUUGUUCAGUGCGUUCCAUUUUCCCUGGCUUCGCUUUGAAAAGCGGCACUUUUGCACUGUUUAUUUGACCACUAUUAACUAAUAUUUAAAAUUUCUUGAUUAACUAGUGACUAUAAUAAUAAAAUCACAAGCGAAAUUUUCAUCAUAUUCAGGAGUUGGGAAAAUGCAGCUACGUAUUGUUUUUUCUGCUGUCUUUCAUUUUGUAAGAAAUUGACAACCAAAUUUAAAUAAGGACAAGGGUUUAUUUAAAUCUUUUAAAUAAAAAAAACUCUACAGAAUUUAAGAACUGUAAAAAUUUGAACUUAAUUAAAUAAGUCAAAUUUGUUUUCUGUCUAAUGCUAAAAUGUAAAUAAAUGUUGUCUAUAUUACUUA